AUGACGGGAGAUCCGGCCAAACGUAAUAGCUCCACCCCGAGAUCGUCUCGCCUAGCCGAAUCGUCGUACCAUUCACCGUACUCGCGUACUGGCGCCCCGAGCCCCCACCCCGAUACCGACCCGUACGCGGCGCUCCGGGGCCGCGCGCUCUCGGUCCUCGAGGCGAUGGGGUUCGAGCCCAGCACUAUGGUGGAGCACGGGGUCCACUGGGCCGAGCACCAGGACCCUUACAACCACGUCAUGUACUCGCAGUACGCGCACUUCCUGGGGUCGUGCAUCUGGCGCAGCAUCGAGAGCUACGACGAGUUCCUCGCCGAGGAGGAAUUCGACGGGAUGAUGAAAGCCCGGACCGUCAUCCCCGUCUUGGGGAAGCAGGAGCUGGCGCUGCGGCGGCAGGUGCGGUAUCCCGACGCGCUGAUCUCCGCCUACCGCGAGGACAGCGUCGAGCCGACGCGGUGCGUCGGCGAGAGCGUGCUCUUCUCGCUCAAGCAGCAGGCCGUCGUCGCCCAGGGCCGCUGCACAGUCACGUACGUCGACGUCCGGACGGGCCGGCCCGUCGACAUCCGCACCCUCGGCGGCGGCUUCCCCGCCCUGUACCACGGGCUCGUCCAGCGGUCGGAGCGCGCCAAGGCCCUCAGGGAGAAGUGGGAGCGAGAGAACCCGCAGCCCCCGAGGCGCGGAGCGGCUAAGAUGUAG